UGUCGAUAUUAUUCUAUAUUUUACUGACAUGUUACGUCUUGCCGCUGACCUUAUUAUAAAUAUUUCACAAUACUAGUAGAUCAUCAAUAUACUGAUAAAACAUGUCGGCGAGAGGAGGCAAGAAAAAGCAAUUGAGAGGUCAGAAAACACGGUCUCAACGGGCAGAGGUCUUGUUCCCUGUUGGACGGAUGUUGAGAUAUCUCAAGCGAGACACACAUCACUUCCGUAUUGGAGCCGGAGCACCAGUCUAUGCAGCUGCGGUUAUCGAGUAUUUGACAGCUGAAAUUUUGGAGCUCGCCGGUAACGCUGCUCAACAUAACAAGAAACAACGAGUUACUCCACGGCAUAUCCUAUUAGCUAUUGCCAAUGACGAAGAAUUGCACACUUUAUUGAAACAUGUCACGAUACCACAAGGAGGGGUGUUACCAAGAAUUCAUCCCGAAUUAUUGGGUAGGAAAAAGGGUGGACAAUUUCCAAAUUAUCCUAAUAUACCAGUACCCUUACCCCCGACUAUACCCGCAACAGGAAAGAAACCCUUAGCAUCUAAACCAUCAACAGCAAAACUCAAAGCACGGAAAGUCAAACCUUUAGUGAAAGCAACAGCCUCUGUUCUUAAUGGACCAAAAGGAUCCAAAACUGGAGAUGCUCUCACAGACAGCAGUGGAUUUACUAUUUUAUCAGAGAAAAAGUUGUUUCUUGGGCAAAAGUUAUCAGUGGUUGAGGGAGAUCUCGUGAAAAUGGCUGCUGAUGCAAUAGUGCAUCCCACAAGCUCAAACUUUUACAUGGGUGGUGAAGUAGGGACAGCAAUAAAUGCAGCUGGGGGAAAAGAGUUUCGUCAAGAAGUUGAAAGUCUUAGAUCAAGUCAUGGUAACUUGGAUACAGCUGGUGCAGCUAUUUGUCCUGGAAGGAAAUUACCUGCAAAAUUUGUAAUUCAUGUUAAUAGCCCUUCUUGGUCAGAUGGAAAUGCAACAGAUUUGUUACAGAAGGCAGUCCAUAACAUCUUUGCCUUAGCUGAUGAAAAAAAUCUUAAAUCAGUUGGAAUUCCAUCUAUUGGUAGUGGUCAUGGUGGAUUCCCAAAACAAGCAGCAGCACAAAUCAUCUUGCAAUCAAUCAAUGCAUAUUUUAAUAAAGUUACAUCAAGUACUUUAAAACAAGUCUAUUUUGUUUUGUAUGAUGUAGAGAGUAUAAAUAUUUAUACAAGUGAAUUAGGAAAACUAGAUGCAUAGUGUGUUUUAUUUUAUUUAUUCAUUGUUAUCAUUCAUAGAUUUGACGUGUUAAAAUCACUAACUUUUGUAAUUGUUAACAUAUUAAGCAUUGUUAAACUCUGUUUUAUUUUUUCAGUUUAUGCAUGUUUAGUACAUUAAUAUUAAUGUUAAAUAUCAACAACUAUAUAUUUUGUUGUCUGAUGCAUCACAUUGUUGCAGCUGUUCUUUGUCACUAGUACAUGUACAGCUUUCCUCUACUCAAAAUAUUAACAUGGCUUUGAAAUGAGUUGUGUUUUUCAUAUAAUCCAACAGUACUCUUUGAAGUUGUGGUCCAUGUGGUUUGGUAAUAUUCAUUUCAGGCUGUUUCUUGUUGAUGUGUGCAGUAGCAGUAUCAAUUUUACCAUGUUGUCUGUGGUAAUAAGUUCUUGAAACACAAAUUCAAGACUUCUGCUUCAUUAUUCGAUAUUUUAAAUGCAUUUAAUGCGUUCUUUUAAACAUGAUAUUAACAUAGAAUGUUUUGAUUCUUUCAAUGCCAAUAAUCAAGUCAUGUCCCAACCUAAAGAACCAGUAAUCUGUGAUCAAUCUUGUUGAUUUAUCUAUUUAAAAUUGUUAAUUUGCUAAUUUGUGUAAUAUGUUUGAUUUGUGAUAUAUAUGAAGCAAGUUGCUUGUCAGUUUUUCAGUGAUCAAUUAUAAUCUUAUUAAAUUAUAUAGUAUUGAUUCUUUCAUAAUAAAUACAUGUCUGAAC